UUUACUAUUAAAACAUACCGAAGUGCUCCGACACGCGGGAUUAUGCAUGCCCUGAGUGAGUAUCAUUAAGUAUCGGAAGGUGAAAUUAUUAGAGAUGAUGAACCGGGAUCAGACGGUACCGGACACCGUUCGGAAUCAGCUCUGCUGGGUUUGUUCUUUACUGGCCCGGCAGCUUUGUCAGCUGGCUAACUGAUACAGACCGCUGCACUGAGAGGCUGAGUUACAGUCUUUAUCGCUGCGCCGGCCGCCGGUGCUGCCACCUGUCGGUUGGAUGGGAGUGGGCUGGGUGGAGGUGCGGCGGGCAUGGCCAGUCGCCGGUUGCCGUGCUUCGGAGGAGCUCAUGGCGGGAGCGGUGGAACGACGCUGACGUGGCGCUCCUCCCAGGUGGCGGUUGCAUGCCACCAUCCCCGGCGAUGGUUACUGCAGCCUGCCACCGCUGCUGGUGGCGGGCGCGGGCGUGGCUGGCGCGCCAGCCGCCGGAGCUGCUCGUGCUGCGCCUGCUGCUGCUGGUGCUGACCGUCAGCUGCAUCCCGACCCGGUUCCCGAGCCUCUACUACGAGUACAUUCCUGCUGAGCGUCUGACGGCGGAGCUGCUGCCGCCGCCCCGGCCGGCGGACGGCCAGCCGCCGCUCUGCGCGCCGCCCUCGCCGCUGCCGGCAGAGUUCCCGGUGGAUCAGAGCCCGGCCACGGACAGUGAGGUAGCGGCAUUGGCAGUCGGAGCGCCCGUCAACUGCACGCCGCACCACCGCGUAGCCGUGGUAGUGCCGUACAGGGCGCGCGCCGACCAGCUGCGCAUCUUUCUGCGACACAUGCACCCGUUCCUGCGCGCUCAGCGGCUCGACUACUCCAUCUACGUGGUGGAGCAGACGUUCCGUUUUCCGUUUAACCGCGGCAAAUUGCUCAACAUCGGCGUGGCCGAGGCGGUGGCCGCGUCCGGCGUCGACUGUGUGGUGCUUCACGAUGUGGAUCUGCUCCCGGAGAACCUGGGCAACGUGUACGCGUGCGGCGCGCGGCCGCGCCACCUGUCCGUGCUGGUCAGCAGCCUGCGCUACCAGCUCCCCUACUCGAUGCUGGCCGGCGGCGUGCUGGCCAUCACCGUCGAGGCGUUCCGGAAGGCGAACGGCUUCUCGAACCUCUACUUUGGCUGGGGCGCCGAGGACGACGACCUCGCUGAGCGGCUGGUGGUGGCCGAGCUGCGUCUGACGCGGCCCGACCCGCGCGUCAGCCGCUACACCAUGCUGGAGCACCGGCACGAGACGCCCAGCGAGGACCGCAUACACCUGCUGCGCGAGGCACGGCAGCGCGCAGCGCUGGACGGCCUCAACAGUCUGCGGUACACGGUGCUGGCCCGGGAGGACAGGCGCACGCACCACUGGAUUCGCGUCGAAGUUUGAUCGCACGUCUUUCGGGAGGGGGACGGACAGGUGCACCACGCGGGGUGUUCUCACUCAGUAAAAUGACUUCGAUAUGAAUGAGUUUUAUAUUAGGCGUGCUGCUACGUUGUCACGAAUAACACGUGAUAUGCCCUGUCUAGGUGAAGGGAUUUGAAGCUUGGCGAGGCUUCAGGAUAACCAGCUUACGGAUUGUGAAGAGCUUAGCUCCUGUGCACUGUCAUUUGUUAUGUUGAAUUGAGUCAAUGUAGGUAGGUACCUUAUACCUGCGAGUAGGGUGGCCCAGCAACGUGUUUUUCACCUGCAGGAGAGUUAUAUGCUAUUGUGAUACAUGGCGUGGAGCUUGUGCCUUAACCUUUAGAUGAUAUCACGCAACAGUGAGCUUUCGGUGAACUGCCUCACCUAUGAGGGAUGUUUGAGAGGCCCUUAUGAGUGACCUCGAACCCCUUGAGUCGUACAAAGAACCGUACAAACUGUGCUCCUCUGCAGCUCAGUCAGAGACAGUAUGGAUAGGCAUUUGUGAUCCGACACGUGUGUGAAUUGUUAGUCAUUUUAAGGAGUUUGUCACCACUCACCAGCCUUUUAUUGUAUACCUUCAGCCGAGAGUGACCGUUUACUGAGGGUUGCAUCUUAGGUUCUGGGUAGUCUCGGCUGAGGCCUGAGCGCCAGGCUUCACUGACUAACUCUCAAAUCACCCGCAAGUGCAAACAUGAGUGCAUCUUGAAUAUAGGAUCGCCAAGCGACUCCGAAAUAAACGGAGCCCAGCGGCUGUUAUCAACCAAG